AUGGCUUCCAUGUCACGGAUACCUCAUCUUCUAGAGCCAUAUAUUGCUCUCAACUCUGAAGGCUCGCUAAAUCUUGUCACAAACGUACUUGGCGCAAGUUCAAACUGGCUGCUCCUGCGACACAUCUACUCAUACUUGAGAGGAAGCACAGAUGAUGAGAGCACCAAAGACACAGGCGUGGUACUGGUCAGCUUUAUGAGAGAUGGUGCUUUCUGGAGGGAGGGAUCUUCAAAGCUGGGGUUGGAUCUAGAUGCCCUCAGCAGGGCAGGACGCUUCGCUUUCGUAGAUGGACUCACGGGGCUCUACGAUGACGCCAAGCCUCAAGCACCAAGUGCACGCAAAGAGAGAGUACUAAGAGGUACAGAUCUUGCUGACAUCAAGAGGGAAAUAGAGGGAGCUCUUGGGGACUUGCGAGCCUCGAGGAAAGUUCUCAUCAUUGAUCAACUCGAUGCCUUGCUCGCCGUUACUGAUGAAUCAACCACGAGUCUCACGUUACAAAACCUCGUUCUCGGUCUCCGCAGUCUUGUUCAUAGCGCUCUUCUCACACUUUCUGCCGACACACCUCUAGUUGCUGCUCAAGUUACCACUCUUGAACGAGAGCACGCCAGCCUUGUCCUCUCGACAGCUCAUGCGGCUGACGCGGUAUUGGCAUUACGUAUGUUGGACACCGGAACAGCGAAGGACGUCAGUGGUGUGGUCCGAAUUACAGGCUCUGGCAUUGAAGGAAUGGGGGGUGCCGUUGAGUACCUCUAUCACGUUGUUGCAGAUGGCGGUGUUAAAGUCUUUGAAAGAGGAACAUAG